AUGGUCGACAUCGUCCCCGUCUCCUCGUAUCCAUCUCACAUCUCCCUUCUCCCGUCCAUCCAACAGUGCAACCUGACCAACCUCCCGGAAAAUUACUUUCUAAAAUACUACCUCUACCACGCUCUGAGCUGGCCACAACUCUCCUUUGUCGCCGUCGUCCGCGGUCCUGGCUCAAAACCGCCUCGCUACCCAAAAGUCGUGGGCUAUGUGCUCGCGAAGAUGGAAGAAGAUCCUCCGGACGGAGUCCAGCACGGGCACAUCACCAGUUUGUCCGUCAUGCGGACACAUCGACGGCUGGGCAUUGCCGAGAAACUGAUGAGGAUGAGCCAGAGGGCGAUGGCAGAGGUGUUUAAUGCGAACUAUGUCAGCUUGCACGUGCGAAUGUCGAACACCGCGGCCUUGCAUUUGUACCGCGACACGCUCGGCUUCGAGGUCGAAAAGGUGGAGAGCAAGUACUACGCCGACGGAGAGGAUGCGUUUGCCAUGAAGAUGGAUCUCAAGAACCUGCAGAUCAAGAGUCUGCCGGAGGAGGAUGAGGACGAGGGAGACGGCGUGGGGUCGCUGGGCAAGAAAGGCGAAGACGGUGAGACGGUCAAUGGUGAAAAUGGGAAGAAGGAGAAGAUGGUCAAAGUCAAGGUUGGACGCGGGCUGGGAGUGGGAGAUUUGGUGGAAAGGAACGAAGGCUCGACGAACGCACAGUAUUGA